AUGGCGGACAGUCGAGGACGAGGCCGUGGCGGAGCGUCGCGCGGUCGCGGCGGCGGACGUGACCGAGGGGCCUUCCAAGGAGGCUUUCACGGCAGCAGAGGAGGAGGAGCAGGAGGAGGAGGAGGAGGAGGAGGAUUCCGAGGCGGACGUGGGGGGGCGUUGUCGAACGAGUCCCGAAAUAAAGUCUUCACCCUAGACGGAAAGGUCCCCAGCCCCGAUCCCAAUGUCGUAAAGUUGGAGAAUCAAGUCGUUGAGCGCAAUCGGUCCACUGUCGAAGGUCUGACGGGCAAGAUGGCGUCGUUGGCUCUCGAACCAUCCGACGUGGACAUAAUGCCCUGCAGGCCUGCCUUUGGUACUGCCGGAACCGAGGUAAUCCUGUGGGCAAACUACUUUCCAGUUCACUUCAAAUGCCCCGUGCUAUACAAGUACGAUGUCAUGAUGGCCGGCAAAGCGACAGCUGUGGCCAGCAAGGGCAAACUACAGACGUCCCAGACAAAGGACCUCAAGGGCCCGAAACUGCACCUGGCCAUGCAGCAGGUCUUAUCCCACCUGUCUGCCAAGGCCGGCAAGAAGAUGCCCUUGGCCUCCCAGUUUAAGAACUACAUCAUCUCCUUGGAGAAGCUUGACCUGCAGGAAAAUCCCCUGUCAGUGACAGUGCCGCGGGAGGGCGAAGACCAAGAUCCCGACAUCAUCAUCGUCAGCGUACACGGGCCUGUUGAAAUUCGGACGGACGACCUGGUCUCGUACGCGCGCACCAUGGACGAUCAUGGCGAGAAGCUCGUCUUUCCCAAAUUUCCCGAUGUUGUCGAUGUCGUGGAUAUCAUUCUAGGCCACAACGCUCGCUCUAGAGCAGGCGAGGUGGCUGCCAUUGGGAACUCGCGGUUCUUCCCCUUUGACCAAGCCAAGAAGACGGCCAGCUUGAUGCAGGAUUGCCGGGGCUUGAUUGCCGCUCGUGGAUUCUUCCAGUCGGCCCGUCUGGCAACGGGCCGCCUGCUGCUCAACACAAACGUCACGCACGGCGUCUUUAAGAUUUCCGGCAAAGUCGACGAGGCCAUGAACCACCUGGGCAUACAGUGCGCGCCCGCUGGGGAUUAUCGGCUCAGGAGACUUGUCGGGGCGUUUGCCAAGUUUCUGCCCAAGACGAGAGUUUGGGUCACCUUUACCAUCGAAAACGGCACCAGGGUCCGUCGCAACAAGGCUAUCUUGGGCCUGGUCAAUCGGCUUUCCGGAAAGAUUGCAGAAGGCGACGAAAAAGCGCCCGUCAUUGAGUCGGGCUGGGAGUAUCCCGGACCGAAGCAAAUAAAGUUUUGGCUCACGGAUGAUCGUGGCGGGCGUUAUAUUACCGUGUUUGAUUACUACAAGAAAAAAUAUGGACUGGCCUUGCGGGAUUAUCCAGUCCUGAACUUGGGCACUCAAAAAAGACCGACUUUCUACCCUGCCGAGGUCGUGGAGAUCCGGCCGGGACAAAGUGUAAAGGCCAAGCUGACGGCCGAGGAGACGACGGCCAUGCUCACGUUCGCGUGCCGCACGCCGUACGAGAACGCCAUCUCCAUCGCCCACGAUGCCCGCGGCGUGCUGUCGUACGACCAAAACCCGCUUCUGGAAAAGUUUGGAGUGUCCAUCGACAAGAACCUGGCGACCGUGAGCGGCCGCGUGCUUGCCGUCCCGGUGAUUGCGUACAUUGACGCCGCCAGGAAGCUGGUGCCGGUGCGGCCGGCCAACGGGACUUGGAACAUGAAGGCCGUUCGCGUGGUCAAGCCAGGGGCGCCCAUCAGCAGCUGGACCUACAUCAACAUCGUGGGGCGGGAGGAGGACGGCCACCGAGGCGUCGGCCAGGAGGCCAUGGAGGAGUUUGCCACCUUCAUGGCGGACGCGAUGGGCGUGAGGAUUGCCAAGAAGCCCAUCCGCUUGCCGAAGCACUUCAUGACGCAGAGGAUGGCCAUGGGCGAGGGCCUGGACAACCUGUUCAAGUGGGCCGGCAGCAACCGGAUCCAGCACAUCAUGUUCGUGCUGGCCCGCAAGGACAGCAGCGGGCUGUACGCCAAGAUCAAGCGCCUGGGCGACUGCCAGUACGGCAUACACACCAACUGCCUCGUGGCCAAGCACCUGCAAAAGGCCAACAACUACACGUACUACAGCAACGUCGGGCUCAAGGUCAACCUCAAGGCCGGCGGCGUCAACCACAAGCUGAGCAACGAGUUUGGGCUGCUCAAGGAAGGCAAGACCAUGUUCGUGGGCUACGACGUCACGCACCCGACCAACAUGAACGUCACCAAGGGCAGCGAGCCGCCCAGCCUGGUCGGGCUGGUGGCCUCGGUGGACCGGGACCUCGCCCAGUGGCCCGCCCUGGCGUGGGAGCAGCGGGCCAAGCAGGAGAUGCUGGGCGCCAAGCUGCUGCAAGCCUUCCAGUCGCGCCUCCGCCUGUGGCAGUCGCGCAACGGCGGCUCGCUGCCGGACAACAUCGUCAUCUUCCGCGACGGCGUGUCGGACGGCCAGUUCGUCCAGGUGCUCGACGAGGAGCUGCCCACCAUCCGCGAGGCGUGCCGCGAGACGUACGGCGGCGGCGGCGGCGGCGGCGGCGGCAAGGGGCGCCCGCAGCCCAAGCUGUCGCUCAUCGUGUCCGUCAAGCGCCACCAGACGCGCUUCUUCCCCACCGACGCCGCGUCCAUGUCGCGCUCGGGCAACGUCAAGAACGGCACCGUCGUCGACCGCGGCGUCACCCUCGCCGCCUACUGGGACUUUUUCCUCACGGCCCACGACGCGCUGCAGGGCACCGCCCGCCCCGCCCACUACACCGUCCUGCUCGACGAGAUCUUCCGCUACAGGUACGGCAAGACGGCCGCCAACGAGGUCGAGCGCCUGACCCACGAGCUGUGCUACCUGUUCGGGCGGGCCACCAAGGCCGUCAGCAUCUGCCCGCCGGCCUACUACGCCGACAUUGUGUGCGAGCGCGCGCGCGCCCACCGGCCCGAGUACGACGUCAGCGACGUGGAGAGCGUGGACACGGCCGGCACGGGCUCCUCGGCCGCCUCGGCCACGGUGAGGCAGGUGCACGAGUCGCUGCGCGACACCAUGUACUACAUCUAG